CUCUGCCUAACUGUCGCGAGAGCGGUGUUUGCGUGUUGCGUGUGGCGGCUCUCACUAUCCGUCAUGGUGCUGAAGGUGGCGACGGCCGCUGGCGGCGCUGCGAAGGCAGUGCUCAGGCCGGCCCUCCUCUGCCGUCCUUGGAAGGUUCUAGGUGCCCACGGGGCCCCCUGGAGGAGCUUCUCACAACAUACAAUUCCACCGUCGGCUAAGUAUGGUGGGCGGCACACGGUGACCAUGAUCCCAGGGGAUGGCAUUGGGCCAGAGCUCAUGUUGCACGUCAAGUCUGUAUUCAGGCAUGCAUGUGUGCCAGUGGACUUUGAGGAGGUGCACGUGAGCUCCAGCACUGAUGAAGAGGACAUCCGAAACGCCAUCAUGGCCAUCCGUCGGAACCGUGUGGCCCUGAAGGGCAAUAUUGAAACAAACCAUAACCUGCCACCAUCCCACAAGUCCCGAAACAACAUCCUCCGCACCAGUCUGGACCUCUAUGCCAAUGUCAUCCACUGUAAGAGCCUGCCAGGAGUGGUGACCCGGCACAGAGACAUAGACAUCCUCAUCGUCCGCGAAAACACAGAGGGCGAGUACAGCAGCUUAGAGCACGAGGUCUCUUCUCCGUUGUCCCCUUGUCAGAGUGUGGCAGGCGUGGUGGAGAGCCUGAAGAUCAUCACCAAGGCCAAGUCCCUGCGCAUUGCUGAAUACGCCUUCAAACUGGCCCAGGAGAGCGGGCGCAAGAAAGUGACAGCCGUGCACAAGGCCAACAUCAUGAAACUGGGUGAUGGGCUCUUCCUCCAGUGCUGCAAGGAGGUGGCAGCCGGCUACCCCCAGAUCACCUUUGAGAAUAUGAUCGUGGACAACACCACCAUGCAGCUGGUGUCCCGGCCGCAGCAGUUCGAUGUCAUGGUGAUGCCCAAUCUCUAUGGCAACAUCGUCAACAAUGUCUGUGCAGGGCUGGUCGGGGGCCCUGGCCUUGUGGCUGGGGCCAACUAUGGCCACGUGUAUGCCGUGUUUGAGACGGCUACAAGGAACACAGGCAAGAGCAUCGCCAAUAAGAACGUUGCCAACCCCACGGCCACGCUGCUGGCAAGCUGCAUGAUGCUCGACCACCUCAAGCUCCACUCCUAUGCCACCUCCAUCCGCAAGGCCGUCUUGGCAUCCAUGGACAAUGAAAACAUGCACACCCCAGACAUUGGGGGCCAGGGCACGACAUCGGAAGCCAUCCAGGACAUCAUCCGCCACAUCCGCAUCAUCAACGGCCGCGCUGUGGAGGCUUAGGCUGUCCCCUCCCACCCCAGCACCCCAGUCCGCUCGGUGGGCGGGCCC